AAUGGUCUACAUCUCAAGUACUGCCUUUGUUCUACUUUUUCACUUUGCUUGCUUCCUACUAAAAUCAGACGGGAAGCCGUUAAGGAAAAGAGCCAUAAGUGAAAUGCAGCUGAUGCACAAUUUUGGUGAACAUAAGCACCUUCUGGCAAGACAGGACUGGCUCCAAAUGAAAUUAAAAGAUGUUCAUACGGCCUUUGUGGGAGACCUGGCAGCCAUAUCACCAGAUGAUACAGGAGAAAAAAGCAAAAGCCAGCAUGACAGAACCAUUGAGGAAAGAACAGAACAGAACAAGAGCAGAGGCCUGAGACAUAUUCACUUUCCAGAAAAUGCAAUGGAUCGGGAAUCAGCAGGCCUUUUGACACAGAUAGAAGCUCUAAAACCUAGCACAGCAAGAAACACAGUAACAUGAAAUUAUUAUCAUUGUCAUGGUUCUGAAUUUCAAAGUGUAGCUAAAGUGUGAAAUGCCAGUAAAUUUUUACUGCUGCUAUUUCUUUCAGGGCAGAUAGAUUAAAUCAUCUGUUUUCUGAAGCAAGCAAAUGUGACCUAAAGCCUAGGAAAAGCAAUUGACUACAUGUCUUAUUGUUUUAAAGGUUUGGUCUUAAAUGUUAGGUGUAGUGCAAACCACUAAUCCCUCUGCAGACACGCAAAAUGUGCCUGCAGAUACACCUGUAACAAGAAAGCAGUGCACACUAUAAUAACAAGUGAUUAAUAUAGCCUACUAUUUAUUAGUUUUAUGCAGAACAGUAUUAGCAAGUACAACUCCACACUGUAGCUUUACAUGAUAAUUUUCUUAUCGGGAAGUUAAUUUGACAAUAACAUUCUAUACACAUGUUCAAAGCCAAAUGGGUAAAUAAUGCAUAUCUUCAGGUAAGUGUCAGCUUUCACAUUAUUGUUUUAUAUGUGGAAUACGUCUGACAAUCAGCAGGAUAUAGGAUAUUCUCUUUAGAAAGACUGGCCCCUGGACUUUUACAUCAGUUGAGUACGCAUGGACUAAUGAAUCAAUUUACAUUAAUGUCUUUCCUUUGGACAUUUUCUUAUCCACAUAUAGAUUCGUAGUUCCAUAGGUAAUUACUAGGCUAACAACCCUAAAGGGCCUUUUUAAGCUUUGCCACACUUUCUAAAUAUAUUUGACAGGUUUUGAUAUCCCUCAAGAUGGGCAUGUAACUUGGGCUGAGCAUUUACAAGCUUCGCCCUUCAACAUACAUUGCAUCAUUAUAAAGCCACUUUGUAAGUAAAGUUGUAAGGAUUUGUGAAGUGUUACAUUGAUUUCUGCGUUUGUUUGCACUUUAAUAGCAAAAAAAUAUAUUUUUCUAGAUUCUUUAGCAACUAAGUGUAUAAAAUCUAGUAUUAGCUAACAUCAUCUAGCCUUUAAGAGUAUUCAAAAUGUUAAACAUUAAAUGUGGAAAACAAAAAGUGCAAACAGGAUAAGAAUGACAACAAAAGUUACUGCACCUUAUCUUAU